AAUCAUGAUGACGCUAACUGACAAGAACCUGCUGUUCACUCUUUGCUAUGUCCUGCUCGAAGGUAUUUCGGUACGUAAGGCAGAGAACAUUAUGCUCGAUAAACCCUGUAAAGUCAGUGCCACCUACUGGAACGCUGAAUUCGCCAAUGACGGUAACAGCCCCGGAUCCAUACCAGCUAGAACCUGGUCCGGUGUGAAUCCCUACUGGCAGGGAGAUCUACAGGGAUACUUCACUAUCCAUAACAUCUCAGUUACUACAAGUGACAGAUCAUACGCGGAAGCAGAUGUGGAGAGUGCGUACGUGGGUGUGUCCACUGAUGACAGCAUCGCCUGCCCUGACGUGGACAUCUUCAUCUGCGGCCAGUGUCCAGAAAUAGUUGGUCAAAGCGAAACCUUCACGUUCACUUGUUCCCCCCCACGACCAGUGAGAUUUGUGAAGGUCUGGAGAAAUCUCACUGGACUUUUAAUCAUUGCGGAAGUUGAGGUGGAAGGCACGCCAGUGAAAAGAAGUGGAAGCAAGUACAUUAAGGAGUUCAACACUAAUGUUACAACACCGAUGACGUCUCUCACGGCUGCUUCCACCAAUGACUGCGGUCUCAAGUGUCACUUGUCCCAGCCUUGCCUGAGUUUCAGCUACCACCCAACAGCUGCUCCCAACUGUCUCCUCACAACAAACCCCGAGGAUGCUGGAACAGCAGUCGGAUGGACCAAGUACACCAUCGAGAAGUGCUCGAGCAAGAUCGCCUGUGACCUGACUGAUCAUUUCAAUUAGUACCAGAUCCAAUCUUUUAUUCUUGACACUGCAGAGUUUCAAUUUUCGUUGACGUGUUGAAUUAACAAAUAUUACCAGUGGUUUGUUCUGAGGGAUCAGGGGAAUAAGCCAACUUACAAUCAAUCCAUGUCAUUGUUUUGACAUAAAUUGAAUACUUGGGACACAAUGCUAUUUAAGCGUUUGUGUGG